UUUUAUAUUUUCUUCUUUAUUUGUUAAGUUGUGCAUUUAAAUUCAACUUUCCUUUUUUAGUUAAAUCAAAAUAUUUAAUAAAUGUUUAUUUAUCCUUACAACAUUUUCAUUUAAACACAAUUGUUUAAGUAGUUAAGGAAAGCAAAAACAAUGAUGCUAAAGCCAUCAGUGAAAAAAUGUUUGGAGGAAAACAUUUUCUGAACUAAAUGUGAAGAAAAUUUAGUUUUUAAAUAAUUUUAAAUUUUUCGUGCACCAGUUUCUUUUACUAGCUGCGUAUAAUGCAUCAUCACCACCACCAACAUCGGCGGCGAAAGAAACGCCCCAACUAUGGUACAAGAACCGUCGAGGUCAGCCGUGGCUUCAAUGGUUUUGGUUUCACCAUCUCUGGUCAACAGCCGUGUAUUCUUUCGUGUAUUGUGGCCAAUUCUCCAGCAGAUCAGGCUGGUCUACGUGCUGGAGACUUUCUUAUAUCCGUAAAUAAUCUCAACGUAUCAAAGUUGCCUCAUGAAACCGUCGUCCAGUUGAUUGGGAAUUCCUUCGGCAGCAUUAAAAUGCAAAUUGCAGAAAACUACUUUUCGGAUAGUUCCGAUGAAGAGAAUGCUAUUCACUACAUAAAUCGUGGAAAACCCAGUUAUCUUCAUCACAAGUUGAAGAUGAACCGCCUAAGAACAUCCCCACAGAAGCAUUGCGGCGAAGGAGUCGCAGCAGGAAGUAGUGGUGGGUGCAGGGAACAGGCCUUGCGUCCUGUAAUCGAAGACAUAUCAUUGCCACCAUCGUUAUCAUCAUCUGCUUCACACAAAAUCAUACACUCGCCUAAUGCGAGUACAUCAAAAGACAUUUCAAAUGUAAGUGCCAUGGUUAGAGUUAAUUUAGAGCAAGAAAAUGCAAAUGGAGUAUCCUUAGAAUACCGAGCUAUUGUCGGAUACUUGGGUACUAUUGAAAUGCCCAAACAAAUUGCGAUCAGUUCCAAACUCCAAACUGUACGGAGUUGCAUCAGAAAAUUACGUCAAGAGAAGCGCAAUCCCACAACUGUUCUUAUGACUAUUUUGCCGAACUGUUUAACUCUGCAGAGUUCCAAUGCCAUAGUAUUGGCCACAUAUCCUUCGUCUCGACUUAACUACGUUAGCUCUUCUUCUGAAAGCGAAAACCGUUUCUUUGGUUUAGUUACAAGUGCAAUCUACUCUUCGAAUGGAGAUGAUGAUGAUCAGGAGCAAAAUGGAGCUCAGAGAGACGUAUCCAUCUCGAAUAGCUGUCAUGUAUUUGUUGUGGACACAAAAAUUUGUGAACACCACGUCCACGAGCAGCGAGCGGCGGAAUUCCGUAUCAGCUGCACCAAAGAUCCCAUCUCAAAUCUUUGUCUUGAAUUUCCAAACAACUCAGAAUAUGUGGUGAAUCUUAUAAGAAGCAUGUAUACAAUGAGAAUCCUUCCUCCAGCUGCUAGGAAUCCAGGUCGCAAUGGAGAUUUCAAUCGGCAGCCUCAGGACGUACAAGCGCACUCACCACAACCGAGCAAUCAUAGUGAAGUUACCACGACAUCCUCAAAUUCAGACUCAGGCAUUGGAUUUCAUAAUGAUUGCACCAACAUCUCCGAUCGGAUUUUAGUCGUGGAUUUCCCCGGAAUCCAGGUGAUAGCAAACCGUGUGGGAAAUGUCGGUGCUUGUGCCCGACCAGCAGGAAUAUUCAACAACAUCGAACCAAGUAACCCUCCGGUGGACACCCGACUCACUGUUCGUGCGAUGCCGGACCCUAAGGCUACGGUCACGCCUCCACUUUCAAAAACAGCUCCUCCUCAGCCCUAUGCAGGCCCAAAUUUACUGGCUAGCUUAAAUCUUAUCAAAAGCCCUAUUUCAAGCCUGGUGGCAACGAGAUCCUGCGACGAUGUACUUUCACUCGUGGAUCGACAACCCAACCGCAGGUCCCUUCAAAUGUCCAUGGAUGAUAUAUCAAUACAUUCCAGCACUCAUCAUGGAUACGAUAAUGUUUCGGGACGUUCACCAAUUAAGGAUCAUGUAUUCAUUCCCCCACUUCCGACAGGACCCAAACAAAAGAAAUCAAAACAAACAAGAUCAGGAAUACCUUACGAAGACGGUUGUUGUUUUCUUAAGGACGCACGUUCAUUCCAUAUAAACAAAUUGAGUCCCAAAGUAUAUGGCAUGAUAGAAUCCAAAGGAAAUUCGGCGAGCGUGGAGAAUUUGGUAUCUGACGACCGAAACGACUGCGGGCAAAACACAGACAAUUUCGAAACAUGGGGUAGCUUGCAAAAUAUUCACAAGGCAGACAGUUAUGAAGCAUCGGCAGCGCCAAAAUCUACAAUUCUAGAAGCUACCUACAGUGAACCAGAUUUGGGGUCCAGAGCAUUACCAUCAGAUGCAUCGCCUUUUCGCCGUUGGGCACAAUCUUCUUUCCGUGCACCAAGAACUGUAGAUUCUCAGGUUGCACUUGCACGUCGACCAUCCUCUUUGACCGCCUCUGACAACGAUGUUUAUACGAAAUCAAUGGAGACCUACAUAGGAGAUAUAAAAGCAGCAGCAGCAGCCGCGAAAAGUCAAUUAGAUGGUGUCAAAAAUAUUGUAAACGGAGGUGGUCUUGCUGGUGGUACAACAACUCAACAGGUAUCACAACCCGCUGGGGUCACAUCUUGGGGUAACUCAUUCGAGAAGUUAUUGGAAGAUCCAGCAGGCCUGCAUACAUUUGCCGAAUUUCUUAAAAAAGAAUUCUCAGCAGAGAAUAUUUACUUUUGGACUGCAUGUGAAAGAUAUCGUUUUAUCGAAUCAGCAAAUGAACGUACAACAAGUGCCAUGGAAAUCUACUCAAAACAUUUAGCGAAUGGCGCAACAGAACCGGUUAAUGUAGACUCACAAGCAAGGACUACGACUCAGGAGAAUCUUAAGACAGCUGAAAAGGAUUUAUUUGCUCAAGCGCAAAAGCAAAUUUUUAACUUGAUGAAAUUCGACAGCUAUCAACGAUUCAUUCGAUCAGACAUGUAUAAAAAGUGCAUAGAAGCUGAAGAAAAACAUCUGCCACUGCCUUAUUCAGCGGAAGGCUUGGACGAACUGUUGAAGACAAAUUUUCACCUAUCAGCCCAUUCUAUGUUAAAAAAGUCUGCUAGCAAUGCUGAAGAUCGUCGUCGAAAAAGUUUACUCCCAUGGCAUCGCAAAACGCGUUGUAAAUCACGAGAUCGCGAUGAAAGUGACAAUCAAAAUGGAAACAAGUCAUCGAACAAUAGAGCAGGAAAAUGUCAGCUAUCAGGAAAUUCUUUAAAAAUAACCAAUACAAGAAAUUCGACUGGCGAUGUCCACAGUUCACGCAGCUCUCUUUCUAGUUUUGAUACACUGCCGCAAUGUACAUUGACCAAUACAUCGGACGAUAUUAAAGCAUGUUGUCUAUGUCGUGUUAUACUUUGUGAUGGAGCAACUACUAUUGUGCAAACAAAACCCGAUGAAACUGUACGCCAAUUAGUCGAAAGAUUGCUUGAAAAACGUGGUAUUUCAUAUCAAUUAUUUGAUGUUAUUCUCAAUAGUACAAACAAACCAAUUGACUUGAAUGACCCAUCACAAGUUUUGUCUGGGAAAGAAUUGCUGGUUGAACAGAAAGUUGCAUUUAAACUAGAUCUUCCUGAUCCCAAAGUAAUCUCAGUGAAAAGUAAACCCAAGAAAGCUCUUUGCGAUGUGAUCAAACCCAUUUUGCAAAAGUAUAACUAUUGCAUGGAGAAUGUUCAGAUAUUGAUGCGUGAUACCCAUGAACCGGUUGACCUUUCACAACCAGUUACCAUAGCUGAUGGUCAGAGACUACAAGUUGUAAUGUUAAAAACUCAUAAUUCGGACUAUCCACAGCCAAAUAAUACAGUUCAGCUCAAAGCAAUACCAAAAAGUGUAUCCUUUCCAGCAAUAAAGCCACACAGGAAUGGAUCUGUACCUAGUGUAGUAAUAAAUACGCAACAAAGUACCCUUGAUGAGAUAACUAAUAAAGUCUUCAGUGAAUUAUUGCAAGGGAAAGUGGAAUCUCAUGAUGAGAAUCAAAAGGUAGCUGACGCAUGUUCCCUAAAGUCAAAUGAUUGCGGCUCAGAGACAUCAUCUAUAUUUGAUAGGAUCCGCAGGAGAGACUCAAACAUUCCGGGCUUAAAAGGUCUACGUCCCAAAAAAAUAAACAAAACAGCAAUAAGUCAAUCAGAUGAUGCCCUAACAACUUCAACUCAAACAUUUAACAGCAAUAGCGAUGCAAUAGUUACGAAAAAACCAAUUAUUGCUAAAUGGAAAGCUGGGGUUAAAGUUCAAGUUACUGAACGCGCUGAAAAUCAAGAUGAAUUUCUAGAAGGACUUAAACGUGCUCAGUGUGCCCGGCUAGAAGAUCAACGAGGAACCGAGAUUAAUUUUGAACUGCCGGACUUUUUAAAGAACAAAGAAAAUAUUAGUGCCGCCAACAAGUUGAGAAAAAUCCGGGCAAAUCUAAGCCCUGUGAAUAAAUCAGCUCCUGUUGUCUUAGACGUUCAGCAGGCCGAUCGUCCAUUACCACAACCGGCUCCUAGGCUCUCGAUCACAAAGAAACAGUCAAUUUCUCCAAUGAAAAUUGACGAAGAGGAUGCUACUCAGCAAACUUCUGUAGCUGGAUCAUUAACAGAUGAACAGUCCUUGUCUACAAAAGGUCCGCCACCACUUCCUCCAAAGCCAAAAGUAUUGCCAAUUAAGCCUUCUAACUGGGGCCAAAGCAACACAACCACUAAUGGUUUCUCAAAGCUUAAUGUUGCCGCAUCUUCUCCUACAGCUACAUCAAUUCCGCUUCCGAGUAAAAUUCCGGUCGAUAUCUCACGAAAGCAUCUUGGUUCCGAACAAACAGGCCGGACAGCUUACUUAGAUGAACCAAGUAGUAGUUUUGUUUAGACUUAAAAUAACCUUUAAUAAUGACAAUCUGAAUAUAGAAUAUAAUAUACAUUAUGUAGUUCUAAAAAAAUAAGCGAAAACAAAAAUCUGUGACGCAUGAUUAAUAAAUUAUUUAAUAUAAAUAUAAAGUUUUAAUAGGGUUAAGUAUGUAAAUAAAUAUUAUUGAAGAAAUAUACAUAACUUUAUUAACUAUUGUUAUACAAAUAUUCGAAGAAAAUAAAAAUGGUUUUGAUAGAACAAACUAUUUUAUUAUUUAAAUCCGAA